UCUCUCCUGAAGCAGACAGUCGGCGGCUCCAUGGACAAGAAGGUGGUGCUGAUCACGGGCUGCUCCUCGGGAAUCGGUCUCAGCCUGGCUGUCCGGUUAGCCUCCGACCCAAACAAGACAUUCAAAGUGUAUGCCACGAUGAGAAACCUGGCCAAGAAGGAGCGUCUUUUAGAGUGUGUGAAAAGCCUGCACAAGGACACCUUGGACAUACUCCAAAUGGACGUGACCGUCCGGCAGUCCAUCCUGGACGCGAGGGACAGGGUUGUGGAGAAGCGAGUGGACAUUCUGGUGUGUAAUGCCGGAGUGGGUUUGACGGGGCCGCUGGAGGUGCAGUCCUUGGACUCGAUGAGGCAGAUCCUGGAGGUCAACCUCUUCGGUACCAUCCAGACCAUCCAGGCUUUCUUGCCAGACAUGAAGGCUCAGGGCCAAGGCCGCAUUCUGGUCACCGGGAGCACGGGAGGGCUUCAAGGUCUGCCCUUUAAUGAGGUGUACUGUGCCAGUAAGUUUGCGAUAGAGGGAGCAUGUGAGAGCUUGGCUGUCCUCCUGCAACACUUCAAUAUCCACGUGAGUCUCAUCGAGUGUGGUCCAGUCAACACUGACUUCCUGGUCAACCUGCAGAGGGCAGAGCUCGGGGACACGUCCCUCCAACAGGUGGACGCCCUCACCCUCAGCCUCUAUGAAAAAUACCUGCAGCACUGCGGCUCCGUUUUCCAAAACGCAGCGCAGGACACUGAGGACAUCGUGAAGGUGUUCCUGGAGGCCAUCCAGUCUCACAGCCCUGCUUUCAGAUACUACACCGGGGGAGGGGUGCCACCUCUCACCAAACUGAAGAUCACAGAUCCAGAUGGCUCGCAGUACAUCAGGGCUUUGAGCAAAAUCAUGUUCUCGGCUGAGGAACAAUAAUUUUUAAACCACCGCUUGCUCUUCUCUUUCUUUAUGUGCGCAGGUCAACAUUAUUGCUCUUUCAGUUUCGAUUAUCGGGAAUAAAGUUGACGCACUGUGUGACUCACUGGUUGCUCUAAGGGCUGUGAGUUCAGUUUUGUUAGUUCACAUGACUUCAUGGUUCUAUUUUUGUAUGUCACUUAUCAAAAGUUGUAUUCCUCAUCACAAAGUAAAGUUAUAAAUAUAAAAAUAGAUAAUUUUUCUGGUUGGUGGAGAAACAUUUGAAAAGGCUUGUGAGUGCAUUCCUGUCUUUUGAUUCUUGCCACACUGGUUGGCAUAUUUUCACAGGGAUCAGCGAGCUUCUCGACAGGUUCUUGCCACCCUGUAAAAUGUAAAACACUCCAAGAAUUCUCUUUCAUUUUUAAAUUGGCUCACCCCAAGCAACAAGAACAACUUCCUCGCU